UUGUAUUUACUUUUUUAUGUGCAUGUGUAAUUAAUUUCUUCAAACUCACUUUCCUCUCUAUCUGUCACAAGAGAUCAAUUGGCUCAAAGCAUAAAGUCAGAGCAACCAACUUUAUUUCGAAACUUCUUCUUUCUUUUUCUCUUUCUCUUUCAUGGAGAUUCUAUAAACCACUACUUAUCUCUUUGCAUGUUUUGUUCAACAUUAUUCAAAGAUGAAAGGAAUAGAUAUCUUCUGUGCAUCUCAAGCUUCAACCGCCAUUUGUUUAAGCAUGGAUCAAGCGUCUUCCUCCUCCCCAUCUUCUUGCUCCAUUCUCCUCGGCGGCCGCGCCAUCGACCGCCAUAACCCCAUCAUCGGAGAUGGAAGAAGAUUCACCAAAGGUCUCCCCACCGCCCCUUGUUCUUCUCACCCACUGCCUAUCAAUCCCAAACCUUACCACCAACUUCAAAAGACUAGAAAAACUUCUUCCAAUAAGUCAUCAUCAACUGAUCAAACCAAGAAACAUUCAAGUGAUCAAAAGAAGAAGACUUCAUCCAAGUCAUCCGAUGUCACUAAAAAGACCAGCUCUUCUAAGGGAAGUGAUACUGCAGAUUGCAAGAACAAAAGUUUAGAUAAGAUUAUCGACGUUAAAAAGAAGGGAUGUGUUAAGCCACAGGGUGAUUUAUUCACCCCUCCUGGCUCGUCGAGAUAUCUCUUGAGCGACGCAGCUUUCUUGGAUGGGUUGUCGGAUUAUGACCCGGUUUUGGCAUUGGUUCCCGUUGAACCCAACAAGAAGCCUCUGCAGACUGUUAAACAAGAUGAUGAAUCCACUGCUCCCAAACUCUCCUCAUCAUCAUCUCGCUCUGAAAAGCCUUCUUCAAACCAGGUUGUAGUUUUGAGAGUGUCAUUGCAUUGUAAAGGCUGUGCCGGAAAAGUAAGGAAACAUCUAUCCAGAAUGAAAGGUGUGACGUCGUUCAACGUAGAUUUUGCGGCGAAGAAGGUGACAAUUGUUGGAGAUAUAACCCCCUUGAGUGUCUUGGCGAGCGUUUCAAAGGUGAAGAAUGCGCAAUUUUGGCCAGCUGCCCCGCCCCCAGAUUCAUCCGCAGUCACCUCUGCUAAUAAUCAAGAAGUCAAGAAAUAAAAUUAAGAGGUACCACUGUAAAUGUAAAUUAUGGAGUGUUAAUUAGGAUGGGGAUGAGGCCGAAUCAGAAUCUUUGUUGCUUAGAUAAAGAAAGUAGAGAAAAUCUAAGGGGGUCAUCAAUGGUUUUCUUUUAAUUACCGGUUUUGCUCUGAGACCACUACUGUAGUUUAUAUUAUUAAUUCUGAAGAAAAGCUUGGAAUCUUUUAGACAUUAUUAUGAAAUAUCAGAACUCUAAUGGAAAAGGGCCAUUGCGGUUUCCUAUAACAUGGUAUUAUUUAAAA